AAACGCUGAGUAAGCACCUGGGAUACCUUGGGCUUUGUGGUGAUGACACAGAAGCAGAAGAUCAGAUCCUUGAAAGUUUGAAUGGGAUUCUCCUGGCUCUUACUGAAGAUAAGCAGAGAUCCUUCCACCUACUCAGGGAGAGUGGGAUCUUCCUAACUUUGGCAAAAAUCCUGAAGGGCAAUCCACAAUGUGCAAUAAAAGCAGCCCACGUGCUUUCAGAGAUAGCCAAAAAUGAGGAAAUGAAGAAACCAUGUAUUGAAGCAGAUUUGGUUCUAACAUUGAUACCUUUGCUGGAGAGCACAGACCAAGAAAUGUUGUUUCAUGCUGGGAGGGCUAUUGGUCAUAUCUGUUAUGAUAAUCGCAACCUUCAGGAAGAGCUGGUGAAGGUAGGAAUAAUCCCAUCACUAGUGCGAAUAUUAACCGACUAUGCAGAGAGUGAACCACUUGUUCAUGUUGCUCUAUUGGCCUUAUACAAUCUUGCAGACCUUGAUACAGCCAAGGAAGCCCUAAGCAGGACAAAGGUUGCUGAACAGCUGGUGAAACAACUGAGAAGAGCAGAGAACCAUGAGAGGUUGGAAAUUGUCUUUGAGGUCCUGCAAGCACUUGCAGAAAAUGAUGCUCUGAAAGUGCAGUUGGUGGAGGCAGGAGUGCAAGAGGUGCUGUCUGAGAUCCUGCUGAGGCUCCAAGGUAGCUCACGAGCUGAAGACACAUGCAUUGUGAAGGCUGCAUCAGAUCUCAUUGUCUCUCUGCUUCUUGGAGGUAAAAACUGGCAUACUUGCAAUGGCAACUGUUUACGCAUGGUACAACUGGGAGUCGUACAUCAGCUUCUGGAUCUUUUGGAGAAACACGUACAGAGUGGGGACACCUCUGUUCAACAUGCUGCACUCAGUGCACUCCAAAACCUUGCUAUACCAGUUGUUAGCAAGGUUCAAAUGCUGGAGGAAGGUGUCACAGAACGGAUUGAGACACUUCUAAGGUCAGAGAGUCCUCCUGUGCACGUCAAACUUCUUGGAACAUUACGGAUGUUAGCAGAUGGUCAAGCAGAUGCAGCUGAAAUAUUGGGCCAAGACCCCAUGCUGCUCCACAGACUCGUGCAGUGGUGCAAUGCGAAUGACCACGCUGGAAUCCAGGGAGAAGCACAUCGGCUGCUAGCAUCAAUCUUGCAUCACAACAGAUCCCAAGAAGUGGUCAAAGCCAUCCAGGAGGCACAAGGAGUGAAGCAUCUGGUUUCCAUGACAAAAAGUGAACACGCUGCCAUGCAGAAUGAGGCUCUGAAUGCCUUGGCAAUUGCAUCUGCAAUCGAUUUAGAAAUUCUUGAAGAAUCUUUUAAGGAAUCACAACUAGUUCAAAGCUUACACAAACUUCUACAAAAUGAUAAUACAAGUCCUGAGGUGAAAUACAAUUCAAUGGGUCUUUUGUGCAGCCUUAUUAAUUCAGGUAAUCUGAGACAAGAAAUAGAAGAGGACAAGAUUAAAGAAACGCUCGAACAACUCUGCUGUCACAGCAAUGCAAAUGUGGUCAAGGAAGCUGUCACAACAUUACGGAUUUUGAGAGGAGAGACACUCGAGUAG